AUGGUUCAUGUUCAAGGUGGUAUUUUGAUUGAAGAUUUAAAUAAGCAAUUGGCUUCUCCUGAGUUUAACCUUGCUCUUGCUACACAAGGAGCUCAGCCUGCUGUUUCUUUAGCUGGAGCUCUCUCAACAUCAUCACCACCACGUUUAACAAAUAAUAAUUUACCAUCAAUAUCGAAAAUAUUAAAUAAUAAUUCAUUCAAAAAUACACCAUUAGAUAUUAAUGGUGAACCAAAUACUCGUAUAUCAAAUAUGGAAUCACCAUUGAUUAGUAUGAUGCAAAUGGUAAACAAUUUGAAAUCAUCUACUUCUCCAUAUAAUUCAUCAAAGAAUUACCGAUCAAAACAAUCAAUGAACAAUUCAAAUUUAGAAUAUAUGUCGAAAUCCAUGGAUCAUAUGAAUAAGACAGCACAACACAUACAAUUUCAAAAUAUGAAUCCACAUCAUAUGCCAGAUCCAUCAGAUUUUAUGCAAACAAAUUUUAAUUCACAUCAUCAGAAGAAUUUACCACCAUCACAUCUACAGAAGUUCAAAAUGAUGCCUCAACAUCAUACCAUUGAUCUCAAUGAAAUGAUUAUACCACACUCAAAUAGUCCAUCAUCCUCGUCGAAAGAUUUAUUACAUUUAUCAUCAUUAUCUGAUCCAAUGCAACAACAUUUUUAUUCUUUAUCUCAAUCACCACCACCACCUGAUCAACAACAAAGACAUACAAGUUUUCCAACCAUGAUGAACAACAGUUUUAGUCUAGGACCAAUACAUCAUCAUCCUUCUCAUAUGUAUCCAUCUCAUCACCCAAUGCAGUCAAAUGAUGUUAGAAUACCACCUCAACAACAACAACAACAACAGCUAACAGAUGAACAAUUAAUACGUAAUCUUGCUGAAGAAUUAAAAACAUAUCUACCACGUAAUUAA